GUGUUUCCGUGCACUGAUUGGCCGGACCAUUCAGGAGGUUUGUUAUUGGCGAACUGCGCGCACUGCGAGCUCAGUGAUUUGCUGUCUGUGUCCACCGAGAACUGUGAUUGGCUGGUCGGAGGUGCGCGGAGCCCCGUGUUUGUUGUCUGCGUGUUUUUGGCGUGGAGGGAGUGUCCGAAGACGGCCUGCGCGGGUCGGGUCGGCAUGUACUGUGCAGCCCGCGGCGCCUGGCCUCUGGCCCUGCGUGCUGUGCAGUGUGACUCCCGCCGCACCGCCCUGCCCCAGCCUCGCCUCCUCCUCUGCCCCUGCCCCUGCCAGAGGAGCCCGGCUCUGGACAGGCUGUCCUCGGCACCCUGCCUCUCCUGCUGGGCACGUCGAACAGCAGGGAACGGGCCAGCCCGGCCGAGCACCUCUCCUAGAAAGGCGUUCUUCUCAGCAGCCUCGCUGUCCUCCGAGGACUCGAUAAGUGAGACGUUGAAAACAUGCUACAUAUACCUGAACCAGACCAGCCGCAGUUUUGCUGCCGUUAUUCAAGCUCUGGAUGGAGACUUGAGGCAGGCAGUGUGCAUCUUCUACCUGGUACUGCGGGCUCUCGACACGGUGGAGGAUGAUAUGUCCAUUCCUCUGGAGGAGAAGGUGCCCAUGUUACAGAACUUCCACACCUACCUGUACCAGCCCGAGUGGAGGUACAGCCAGAGUCAGGAGAAGGACAGCCAGGUGCUCCAGGAUUUCCCCUCGAUUUCACUGGAGUUCCGUUCCCUGGCCAAGGUUUACCAGGAUGUGAUCGCUAAUAUUUGCCACAGGAUGGGAUUGGGAAUGGCGGAAUUCUUGCAGAGAAGAGUGGAGUCAAUUAAGGAAUGGGACACGUACUGCCACUACGUCGCUGGCCUUGUGGGCAUUGGCCUCUCCCGGUUAUUUGCUGCUUCUGAACUGGAGGAUGCUGUUGUCGGGGAGGACACAGAUCUGGCCAAUUCCAUGGGCCUCUUCCUGCAAAAAACAAACAUUAUUCGGGACUACCUGGAAGACCAGCAGGAGGGUCGAGAGUUUUGGCCUCAGGAGGUGUGGAGUAAGUAUGCAGAGAGGCUGUCUGACUUCACCAAGCCCCCAAAUGUUCAGGCGGCUUUGCAGUGUCUGAACGAACUGAUAACCAACGCUCUGCAACAUGUCCCAGAUGUCAUAAAGUACCUAUCACGCCUCCACAACCAGAGUGUAUUCAACUUCUGUGCUAUUCCACAGGUAAUGGCCAUUGCUACUUUGGCUGCCUGCUACAACAACCCUCAGGUUUUCCGAGGUGUGGUGAAGAUCCGGAAAGGCCAGGCUGUCACGCUCAUGCUGGGGGCCACUAACAUUGGAGCUGUCAAAGGGAUGUUCCAGCAGUACGCUCGGGUGAUCGGACAGAAGGUUCCGGGUGCCGGGAAGUGUGGAGCUGAAACACAGCAGAUUGUGAUGAAGGUGGAGUCACUGAGUCAGACUGAAGGGCAGCUGAUGUCUCGAAGUAACCUCUCACCCAUUUACCUAUCUCUGGCCAUGUUCCUGGUGGCAGUCAGCUGGCAGUACUGGCAGAGUCUGACGCGCAGUUCCGGCGAGUACAGGCACAGCCAGUGAGGCUAUUUACACCGGAGUGUGGAGCGGGUGACAGGACUGCGAUUCCCAACCAAAUCAUUUAUGCUAGCUUACAUCUGUGUGAUCAAGCCCAUCAGACCAGAGUUCGGUGUCUGGCACAAACCCAGCCCAGUGUUACAGCUGUACACCAAACCCCAGCCACAGGCGUGGGAGGUGGCAAUACAUUAUGAAACAUUUGGUUGGAUGCUUAUAUCGUCACAAUUUGACCUUGGACCGUUUCCUUAAAACCUGCUUGCUGGGACUGUGUCAUGAGAGUCUCGUCGGUGAGGCUUGUAGGUGAUGCUCUGCGACAGCUUUGGCACUGUCAUUAGUCAGGGUGACUUUCUUCUGCAUUGAUUUGCUGAUUGAGAUGAUUUAAUAAAUAAGUCUACAUGUU